AUGUCCACCCGCACUCCCACAAGCAACCCAGCCCAAGCCGGCUCUUGGGCCAACACCGACACCGCUCAUACCGCGGAAGCCCAGAGCGCGCAGCAAGAAUGGAUUACCACUGUCUUGCAGACGCAGCAUGACCGCGUAGUUGCCGUGGUGGAUGAACUGCUUGACAAUCCCUUUGCCGAAGCAGAGGAAUCUACCAGCACCUCCCGGCCUAGCAUCCCAACGGCACCAUCACUGUACCAGCCCUCCUCGUCCUCCCUUUCCUACUCCUCCUCCCCCGAUGGUGACGAGGAAGAAUUCGGACCCUUCCAGUCCGCCUCCACACCCACCCCACUCCCCUCAUCUCCCACUCCCACCCCUCCCACAAAUCCCUUCAAACACCCCAUCUACCUCCCCAAACCCGCACAAGACACCGACAAACUCAUCCCCUCCUCCUCACACCCAGCCCCAGCCCCUGCUUCCGAAACCCAUCCCAUGGCCUUAGAAUACGGGACGCUCGUCGCACACGGCGUCAUCGGAGCAGUGCAGGCGCGCUUCGACGCCGGCACGCGCCGCGUGCGGAGGGCGGGCAAGCUGGCGCUGAGGAAGCUGCAGAUUGCGCGGGAGAAGGCGGGGCGGGAGGCGCGGGAGGCUCGGGAGGCGGUGGUGGUUGGCGAGUAUAUGCGGCGGGAAGCACCUGCUGCGGAACGUGGGAAGGGGAGUGAUGUGGAAGGGAGUGGGGGUAUAAAGGCUAAGGCUGAAGGGAAGGAGGAGAAGAAGAAGAAGAAGGAGAAAAGGGUGGAUAUGAAUGGGGUGGUGAAGCCGGUUAGCUGGGGGACUGUUGGGGAGGGCGCUCAUGCUGAGAUGGGGGGCAUGCAGGAGGAGGUGGACGAGUUUAUGGAGGCGGAGAAGAAGGUGUGGGAGGGGUGGGUUUCUGUGCCUUUCGGCUCUAGUUGA